UUGGUGUUCAUGGGAGCCGCAGGUGUGGGGAAAACAGCACUGAUUAAACGUUUCCUACAAGACAGCUUUGACCCCAAGCAUCGGCGCACGGUGGAGGAGCUCCACAGCAAGGAGUAUGAGGUGGCUGGAGUCAAAGUGACCAUUAACAUCAUGGACACGAGCGGCAGCUACUCCUUCCCAGCCAUGCGGAAGCUCUCCAUCCAGAAUGGAGAUGCAUUUGCCCUGGUCUACUCCGUGGACGACCCCGAAUCCCUAGAAGCCGUCAAGAGACUGCGUGAGGAAAUCCUGGAGGUCAAGGAGGACAAGUUCACGCCCAUCGUGGUGGUGGGCAACAAAAAAGACCGAAUGCAAGAACGAAGGGUAUCGGCGGACGACGUUCUGGUGAAGGUGGAACUGGACUGGAACAACUGUUUUCUGGAGGCCUCAGCUAAAGAAAACGAAAACGUGAUGGAGGUGUUCAAGGAGCUG